AUGCCUGCAAUCGAAGGGUUCAAUUUUGUAUACUAUCCUUCGUCAGCUCUCAAGUUAGUGCUGUCGGGGAGCGAGCGAUUAGCAAAGAUCAUCAAUCCGCUUACGCCGCGCUUUAUGGAUGCCCUCAGGGAUUACGUGAUAAUCACAACAGAGCUUUCAGAUUUGAUGGAUGAUCUCCCAAAUCACCACGAGGUCAAAGCAGCUGAGGAGGAUCUGGUGAGGUUGACCCAGAGACUAAUCCAUGUCACCAACGAGAUUGGAAGACUAGGAACUUUACGACAACGCCUCUUCUCGAUCAAGAAAUUGAAACUCAUCGCGGCCAUGGGCAAGGGACUCCCAAUGAUCAGAGAUCCUCUCAUUAUCCUCCAAAACGAGGUGGCCAACCUAUGGGCGCGGCAGUCAGUUGAAGCGUGUCGCACCAUUGCGGAAAGAACGCGUCUGGUAGCGGAGCAAAAAGCACUUUCCCCGUAUUACCGAGCUGCUGUGGAAGCUCUGCUCGGUCAAUACGUCGAUGUCGCAUCAGCCAAGGUCGAAACAUCUCAGGCGUGCCUGUUGUCCGCCAACCGUCUCAUACACGGCUCGCAAUCCCUCACCAGCGGGUGGAACGAUGAAAACGCAGCCACCGGCGAAACUGAGGACUCGAAAGGUAUCGGUGUCCGCAAGAGGUUGAUGGACCUAUUGCAAUACCCCUCGAUGGGCGUACGACAGAGGAACGUAUCUACACCGCGGGACUCAUCCUGUGAAUGGGUCUUCAAGGAAUCAGCGGAUACCACAGGAGACAGCCUGCGGUCUUGGCUGCGCCGGGGGUCAAGCUUAUACGUCAUUGCAGGAGAACCAGGCUCGGGCAAGUCGACGCUGAUGCGCCACAUCUGGGAUACCAGAGCGGAAAAUCUUCAGCUUGAUGAGUGGGCCAAAGGCGACGGCUGCGUGCUUCUUUCGGCGGCUUUCUUCUUCUGGCGAAACGGCUCAAGGCUGGAGAGAUCGGCGGAGGGUCUUUGGCGCGCCCUGCUCCUACAGGCCUUGAUUCAGUCUCCGGAUUUGCUGCCCAGCGUCUUCCCCAAGGAUUGGGCACUGCUGUACGUUGGAGCAACAGUGCCUCCAGCUGGGUCUUGGACUGUUGCUGAGCUUCAAGAGGCUUUGCAGCGACUCGCAACACAAAUGCAAGCACCUGCCAAACUUUUUCUUCUAAUCGAUGGCCUGGACGAGCACGAAGAGCACCAUGCUGGCGGACACCAAACCCAAGAGCAAAGGGUUGCAGAAACCCGCACCCCGGAAAGCGAGCGUCGAGACAACGAGUCAGGGUACUUGGCCUGCCUCGAGUUUCUCGUCAACAAGCUCUGCCCUUUGGACAAUGUCAGAGUAGUGCUGUCGAGCCGACCCAGCAGGAUCAUGGACCGAAUGGGAUUGCACCCAUCUGCCUACGUACAGAACCACAACCAGGAGGACAUAGCGUCGUACGUAGCAGGAACACUCAUUCCAGACGGUACCAUAUGGACAAGGAGCAACAAUGGCAUCGACCGUGACACAGUUCGAGAAACCAUACUCGAUGCUUCUCAAGGGGUAUAUCUUGCAGCUAUGCUCUGUGUGCAGUACACCAACCGGGCGCUCACGAAAGGAUCAAGCAUCGAGUCCAUCAACAUCCAGCUUCAACGCGGUCGAGAUCUCAAAGACUUUUACCAUCUGAUAUGGCACACUCUAGACCAAGAUGUGAGAACCGAGGCACUGCGAGUCAUGGGCGUAAUGCUCAACAGAGAAGGCAUAUACCACAGUCUGCACCGUGGCGAACGACCACCCCGACUCAUAGACAUCGCCCUGGCCCUGGGAGAAGACCCAAAGCUCGAGAGACCGUGGCAGGCUGCACAACCAUUGGUUGAGCGGAAAUGUGCCAGAAUCGCACAGAGCUUCAUGGAGGCCUGGCCCGGGUUCAUCAAGAUUUCAGCCUGGGAGGGACAAGAUGAAUCCGCUAAUAAUGCCAAUGGUACAUUUUUCCAGGUCAGUUCUGCGUCGGCAAUCGACUACUGCCAUCGAUCAGUGCCAGAGUUCUUCAGGGCUCAUGCAGCAACAAAGCGAUGA